AUAGUAAUGAUAUCUGAGAAUGACAGUACGAAAGUAUUAUUGGUGAUUGUGUAGAAUCCUUAAUCAAUAAUACUUCCUCAUUCAUUGUUCUAUCGAUACUUUUCAAAUUUUGGGGAGGUUAACAAAAUUCUAAUAUUUGAGAAGGGAAAACUAUGGAAAUGUUUUGUUGAGAUGGCAACUUUAUAAUAGGCAAGGUUUUCUUAGUAAUAAUUAAAUGGAUGUUAAUUGUAUGAUUAAACAAUCAUGAAUGUGUAAAUAUUUUAUUUAUGACUAUUAGUUAUUAUUCAACAUUGCAAAAUGUAACAUUUCUUAAUAAUAAUUCUGGAGGUGUAGAUUACAAAGCAAUAAAGUAGAGGAAUUCAACAAAAACAAUGAAUAAUUAUGAAUAAGAAUUUUACCCUAAAAUAUACAGUCAACCUGUUAUAUAAAAUGGCCAGCAAUAAUAAUAAGAUAUAAGACUGAGUGUGGCUAGUUUUGGAAAUGAAAGAACAAGAGCUAGUUUGAAUGAUAAAUAAGAUCUUUUUGAAUAUAAAAAUGAAUGGGAACCCUCUAAAAUACAAACUUCGCUGGAAUUUAUAGAUGAUGGUGAUUCUCCUAGAUAUUAACAAUUCUCAUCAUUUAAAUCUAUAUAAUUUGAUGAUAGUGAGCAUGAUCCUAUUGAUGAAGAUAUUAUGCAUGCAUUUUCAUCUGAAAAAAACACAUAUCUAAAUUCCUAUAUGUUUUCAAUCCCUGAAGUAGAAGAUAAAUCAAAAAGUUAAGAAAUAGAUCCAUAUACCUAUAUAUCUCCUUAAUUUCUAAGGGAAAAUUAACCAUCUAAAGUAGUUUAUAUGAGAGGUCUUACAAACUAAAAUAUUACACCAUUAAACAUUUUUAAUUUAUUGUCAAAUUUUGGAAAUGUGUUAGUAAUAAUCUAUAUUAAACAUAAAACAUCAGCUUUAGUAUAAUUUUAAAAACUCUCACAUGCUUAAAAUGCUUUGGAUCAUUUGAACAAUUAAGUAUUUUUUGGUUAGAAACUUAAAAUCUUUUAUUCAAACUAUUAAGAAAUUUAAUUUCCUUUACCAUUUUAAUCACCAUAGACUUUAGUAUUUAUGCCACAACAAUCUUAAUUUAGAUUUAGUGAAACAAAAUCAAUCUCUUUUAAUCCUCCUAGCUAGACUUUACAUUUGAGCAACAUCAAAGGUAAAAUGUGUGAGGAAGAAACCUAUAUUAAAGAAUUAUUUAAAGGAAUUGGAAAUGUAUAAGCUAUUAAAUUUAUUCAUAUUGAUAAGUAUAAAUUAAAUUCACUAUUAGAUAAAAACAUAUGGCAUUAGUAAGAUUAUCAUCAUUAGAAGAAGCAUUGAAUGGAGCAGCUUUACUUCAUGGAAAAGAAGUAAUGGGCAGAAAAAUCAAUGUUUCAUUUACAAAAAGUAAAUUAUGCUGAAAUCUAAAAAGUCAGCUUUUGCUCAAGUAUUAU